UGGUCAGUGGUCAGCGAGUUGGUUAGCUCCAUCCAUGAUCCCAUCAAAGGCGGGGAAAGGAAUGAGAUCAGAGAAUGUGACGAGGUGUUGUGCAUUUCCCGGCAGUCGUUAUCCAACCCCAACCCAGACCAACACCCACCCAUCCACACACACACAAACAAAAGCAGACGGACCGAGGUAGGAGAGUUAGUUACCGGGUAACUAACCCUCAACCCGAUUCCCACACACCCCGACCGAGCCGGCACCGGGCACCCCCCGUCCCAAUGGCGGCCCCGCCCCGUCUCCGGCACCUGCACCUCCCUAGCAUCCAUCCCCACUACGUCCCCUACAGCCUCGCCAGCCGGGUACAGGAACACGUCCGGAGACAGCACCUCGAUUUCAAGGAUGGAUCGGCCGCCUCGCCGCCGCCACCGACGCUGAUCUCCUUCACCCCAUCGCCCAUCUACACCCUCGGCCGAAGACAAACAACGCCGCUAGCCGCCCCGGAAGUCGCCCGCCUCACCGCGCCGCUGCAGAUCCCCAUAUCCCCCUCCCAAAAGAAUGGCGGCAGCAAAAACGCCAGCGGAGUCGUCUCCAUCCGGCCCCAGCUGCUGCACUCCCCGCGCGGCGGGCUGACGACCUACCACGGGCCGGGCCAGGUGGUGCUGUGGCCGGUGCUGGACCUCAAGUCGGCGCACCACCGCCACUUCACCGUCAAGUGCUACGCGCGCCUGCUCGAGACCACCACCAUCGCCACGCUGCACCGGCUGUUCAGCCUCGCCGCCUUCACGACCGAGGACCCGGGCGUCUGGGUGGCCCGGUCCCAAUUUCCACUGCAACAGCACCCCGCCCAGAAACACCUCGACCGAAUCCCAUAUCCAGCCCCGCCCCUACCUCCAUCUCCCCUCCCAGAGCCGGAGCACCGCGCCAAAAUCGCCGCCCUCGGCGUCCACCUCCGCCGGCACGUCACCGCGCUCGGGACGGCCAUCAACGUCGCCACACCCCCUUCAGCAGUAGGCGACCACAACAACGACGAGGCCACCAACCCCUGGGCGCGCAUCGUGGCGUGCGGCCUCGCGGGGCGCGGGGUGACGUCCGUGACGCGGGAGGUGCUGUCUAGUGUUGCCGCGGCUACCGGUGUUGGGGUGGAGGAGGUGGAUGAGCGGCUUGCGUUCUCGGCUUGUUCUCCCGCCUUUCUCGGUUGGGAUGGUGGUGAGGGUGGCAGGGAGGGUUUGGUGGCGGGCGCGUGGGCCGGGGAGUUGGCCGGGGGGCUUGGGCUGGGGGGCGGGUAUGGGGAUGGGGUGGAGGUUGUGGAGGCGGUGGAGGUGGUGCGGUUGAUGGAGGGGCUGGUUGGGGCUGCUGCUGGUGGUGGUAGUGGUGGUGGUGGUGGUGGGGAGGGUAGGGAGGUGGUGGAGGAGGAGAGGGGGUAUUUGGAAGGGGUUAAGGUUGGGGGGGCUGAUUGGAGGUGA